CUAGAAGCUGGCAACAUUGCUGUCAUUUCACCGCUGCAUCAUCAUCAUCAUGCUGCUGCCACCGCAUUGACCUUCGACAUGGCGGGUUGUGGUCGUGUGCUGACUUUGACUCGCCAUUUCUCUACGACCGGCGCGGUCAACGCCGGUCUCGUCAAGCCUCCUUUAGCAGUGUUCGGUAUUGAAGGCCGGUAUGCGAACGCACUGUACUCGGCGGCUUCCAAGGAAAAGAAGCUUGAUGCUGUUGAAAAGGAACUCGUCAAGUUCAAGGGCUUGAUGGAGCAAGACACCAAGCUUGCCCAGUUUCUUGAGAACCCACUUGUCAACAAGCUCGUCAAAAGAGGUGUGUUCCAGGGCCGAUGGGUUCUUAUGUAUCAAUUGGUGAGACAGCCGCUGUCUGAGAGAAAGGUUGGGUGGUUGGAUAAUGCUUAG